AUGUAUAUACAACAUACUAUUGCACCCCUUACGAAACAAUGGUCCUGGAUCACGGGCAACAUUGGCCACGCCGGCGUCGAGCUGCACGAAAAUUACGGGGCCGUGGUGCGCAUCGCACCCAACGAGCUCUCGUACAUUGAGCCACAGGCCUGGCGCGACAUCUUUGGGCGCCCUGGCAGGCGGGAGAUGAUCAAGGAUCAGGCCUUUUUUGGCCAGACUCAGGACGGAGCGUAUAAUCUGGUGACGGCGCCGUAUGAUGACCACGCACGCAUGAGAAAAUUGUUCUCACCCGCCUUCAGCAACACGGCACUCGUCGCCCAAGAGCCGCUCCUGGCGCAGUAUGCAGUACAAAUGGCUACCAAAAUGGGCGAAGCACAGAGCCGCGAUGGCCACGUCGACGUGGUCGACUUCUUCAACUUUGCCACCUUUGACAUCAUGGCCGAGCUGGCCUUUGGCGAGCCCCUCGGCAUGCUGGAAAAGACCGACUACGUGCCCUGGGUCCGCAUCAUCUUUGACGGGCUCAAGUACGUCGUCUUUCGCGCCGUGCUGCUGGGGGUUCCUUUGCUGGGACCACUUCUCAACUGGGCCACGGCUAGCACAUUGAAGAAAAAGGCUGAAGAGCACGCCAUGUUUGCGAGAAACCUCGUCGACAAGCGGCUGAGUUAUACCGACCAUCCCAGCGGCAAGCCUGAUCUUUGGAGCUUUGUGUUGAAACACAGUGACGACGGCAAGGGACUGACGAAGAACGAAAUGUAUAACAAUGCCUCAACAUUCAUGGUUGCUGGCACGGAGACGACAGCAACAACUCUUUCAGGUGUGGUGUACUAUCUGGGCCGCAACCUCAAGAUAUACAAGAAUUUGGUCGCGGAGAUCCGGUCAACCUUCAAAACAAGCGACGAAAUUGCUUUGGGGCCUUUGAGCGAAAUGGUGUAUCUCAAUGCAGUUCUCAAGGAAGGUUUACGGCUCUAUGUCCCCGGUGGUGGCGGCAUGACGAGGAUUGUGCCUCCCGAGGGCGCCGAGAUCUGCGGACAGUUUGUCACUGGAGGAACAGCCGUCACAAUGAAUCACUACCCAGCGUAUAGGCACGAGUCGAAUUUUGCCAGACCCAGGGAAUUUUUGCCCGAGCGGUGGAUUAACACAGAUGAUGCGCCAUUUGCAAAAGAUCGACGGGAUGUUUACGAGCCAUUCUCGUAUGGGCCAAGGAACUGCAUUGGCAAAAACUUGGCAUGGCUUGAGUUGAGGCUGCUUCUUACCAUGAUGCUUUGGCAUUACGACUUUGAGCUGCUCCCUGGCAACGCUGGCUGGACAAACCAAAAGAGCUAUCUCACUUGGGAAAAGGGUCCCUUAUUGGCAAAGCUCUAUGCGGUGAAGAGGUAG